AUGUCGGGUUCAGGAGUCAUUUUGCUGACUCAUGUUAACGGAGAGGAGACGCCAUCUUUAUCUUUCUCUGAUAUCACUGAAGAUGGACCUGAAGCUGAACCUGCACCUGGACCUGGACCUGGACCUGGACCUGGACCUGAACCUGGACCUGGAUCCAGCUGUGUGUCCAUGAAGAGUGACAGGUCUAUGGAUCCCCCUCUUCUCUUUCAAUCUGGACGUCCUGCAGAGGGAAGGAAGCAGCGGAAGAGACCUGGACCUGAAGAUGGACCUGAAGAUGGACCUGAAGAUGGACCUGCAGAUGGACCUGGAUCCAGCUGUGUGUCCAUGAAGAGUGACGGGUCUAUGGAUCACCCUCUUAUCUUUAAAUCUGGACGUCCUGCAGAGGGAAGGUGAGAAUGUAAAAGUGUGUCACGUGAUCAGCUUCUUUCUGAGGAGUUCAGAGUUUC